CGCGCCGACUGAAGCCUGUUGCGGAAGUGCGCCUGGCGGCAGCGUUUUACCUAAAAACAGCUGUGCUGCUGGCGGCAUGUUACCUACUGUGAAAACUGUGGAGGCGGAAGAAGAGUACGCGGAGGAUUGUCCUGAAUUGGUCCCCAUUGAGACCAACAACCAAGAAGAAGAGGGAAAUCUUGACUUCACCAUUAAGAUUCCAGUCACAAUUGUCACCGGGUAUUUAGGUGCUGGAAAGACAACACUUCUGAACUACAUUUUGACAGAACAACAUAAUAGAAAAAUAGCAGUGAUUUUAAAUGAAUUUGGAGAAGGGAGUGCAGUAGAGAAAUCCUUAGCUAUCAGUCAAGGUGGAGAACUCUAUGAAGAAUGGCUGGAGCUUAGAAACGGUUGCCUCUGCUGUUCAGUCAAGGACAGUGGCCUUAGAGCUAUAGAGAAUCUGAUGCAGAAGAAGGGCAGAUUUGAUUACAUACUCUUAGAGACCACGGGGCUGGCAGAUCCUGGUGCAGUGGCUUCUAUGUUUUGGGUUGAUGCUGAGUUAGGGAGUGAUAUUUAUCUUGAUGGUAUUAUAACGGUUGUAGAUUCAAAAUAUGGAUUAAAACAUUUAACUGAAGAAAAACCUGAUGGCCUUGUCAAUGAAGCUACUAGGCAAGUUGCUUUGGCAGACAUGAUUCUCAUCAAUAAGACAGACUUGGUUUCAGAAGAUGAGCUAAACAAAUUAAAAACAACUAUCAGAUCAAUAAAUGGACUGGGAAAAGUUAUAGAAACUCAGAGAUCAAGAGUUCAUCUCUCGAAUAUAUUAGACCUUCAUGCCUAUGAUAUUCUCUCUGGAAUAAGUUUACAGAAAAAACUCCAGCAUGUAUCAACAGCACCCCACCUUGAUCAGAGUAUUGUUACAGUCACAUUUGAAGUACCAGGAAGUGCAAAGGAAGAGAGUCUAAAUGUAUUUAUCCAGAAUCUCCUGUGGGAAAAGAAUGUGAAAAACAAGGACGGCCGCUGCAUGGAGGUCAUCCGGCUAAAGGGACUGGUGUCUAUCAAAGACAAACCACAGCAAAUGAUUGUGCAAGGCAUCCAUGAGCUCUACGACCUGGAAGAGAGCCUAGUGGGCUGGAGGGAUGAUGCUGAGAGAGCCUGCCAGCUGGUCUUCAUUGGUAAAAAUUUAGAUAAGGACAUCCUUCAACAACUCUUCAUCACUGCUGUGGCUGAGGCAGAGGCAGAGGCGCAAAGGACAGCACCAGGCAAAGAUGAAGUUUGUCCAUCGGACUAGAAGCUGUUCCUUACUGAAAACAAAGAUGCAUUUAAAUCCUGGAUCCAUUACCUGUUAUGAUUUGGGAGUAUACUGUAUGAUAGUAUUUAUUUUAUAAAACACAUAAAAUUUUAGUAAAUUAUUAUAAAAGCAUCUGAUAUUCAUAAAAUAUAUCCUCUGGAGGUUUUGUGAGGCAAGUAUUUCACAAAAAUUCCAGAAUUUUCUUUGAAGUUUAAGCAUAACAUCAUUAUUUGUAAAAAUGAUGCCAAACUUUAACAUUUUCAUUUUCUCUUAAAAACCUCAGAUGAUUGCUGAGAUACAAUGAUUAUAUUGAUAGUAACCAGAAAGUACUGUCAUAUUUUAUUUACAAGAAAGGUUAACCUUUCUUUUUGUGUUAUGUGUAUGGGUAUUUUGCCUGCAUGUAAGUCUGUGUACUCUGCACAUUAAGUGUCUUAGGAGUCCAGAAGAGGGCACCGGAUCCCCGGGAGCGGAAGUCGCAGAUGGUUGUAAGUCUCCAUGUGGGUGCUGGGAAUUAAACUCAGGUCCUCUGGAAGAACAGCCAGCACUCUUAACUACUGAGCCAUCUCUUCAACUCUCUCACUGUGUUUUUAAUAGAAUGAGUUUUUAAUGUUCCUAAUAUUUAAAGAGUCAAAGGAAUCAAACCAUCUCUGACAAUCAGUGAUAGUGUAAUCGUACUUUGGCUUUUUGUUCUGUAUUCUACUUAGAAGAUUAUAAUUGUUGAACUUUAAACUUUAGUUUUAUUGCUGGCAUUAAAUUUAUCUUGCCUAUUUUGAACUGUGCUAGUUUUCUGUAUCAUGUGAGAAGUAAUGAAGUACACUCUUUUACUAUCCAUAACUGGGGAUAACUAUCUGUGUGUGCAUAUCAUUGUACAUGUGCAUGCAUGUGUAUGCAUGUCAGCUUCUGAAUUUCCAGCCAGUUCUCCUGUCUCUGCCUCCUAUCUCACUGUAGAAGUCUGGAGCUAGGCUUAUAAACCUAAAACAAGUCUGAAUUCAAAUUGCCAAAGUUUUGUGGCUAGCAAUUUGACCUGUCGCUCAGCCAUCUUACUGGCCUCACAGAUAACUUUUUACAAAUAUUUCUUAGGUUUAUGUAAUGUCUGUAUGUGAACAUGUGUGUUGGUGCCUGUGGAGACCUGAAAAGGGCAUCAAGAUCCCCUCAAGCUGAGAUAGCAUGCAGUUGUGUGUCACUGCAUGCUGGCAAUCAACUCAAGUCUUAUGCACAUUAACAGUAAGAGUUUUUUUUUUUUUUAAUUAGAAAAGUCUUUUCUUUCUGAUCCUUUCAUGCAUAAUAUUGUCCAGUAAAUACUCUUGCAUAUGUAUCUGAAAUGGCUUAGUAACACACACACAUUAUUUAAAAGGACCACUGCAGGAACUGACCAGCUGUCCAAAUAUCUCAGCUCUCAGGAUCUUUUUUUUUUUUU